AUGAGUGAAUGUGGGGAAGUAGUGGUGGUGGGAGUCCCACCAAGUAUCCCAAUGAGUGACUUGAAAACGAUUUUGAACAAUGUCGGGAAGGUUGUGGAUAUGAAGGAUUUCUGUGUUGAGGGGUUUCCAAGAAAAGACGGAAGGAGAGACGUGUUGGUCACGUUCCAAAACACGGAGGACGCAUAUAUAGCUCGACAUAUUUCUGGUGCGAAAUAUUUGGAUUGGAUUGUUGUGGUCAUGCAACCAGAUAUGUAUCGGUCUGAAGUGACACACGAGGACGACAAAGAAAAUGAAGAGAAUGGCCUUGGUCUGUCGUUGGAUUCUUUUGUGAAUUUCAUGAUGGGAACAUCACAAAACAACAAGAAAAAAAUGAAGAACAACACAGAAGAAUGCGAAGAUAAGGAAGUCGUUGUGUCCACAAGUGCAGGAAAAGUCGUGUUCAAAAAAGUUAAUAAACCACUCCCACCUCUCCCCAACAAGCAAAAGACAAGUGAUACACUUCAACCAUUAUAA